UAAAUAUUUAUUCUUUUUUUUGGUUCAAAGGCAUAUAAAAUUAGCUAUUUUGCUACCUUCCCUAGUCUGCCCGAUCCGCGUCAACUCGCGGCGCUUCACUUCUGUGACGCUCCGAACUGACCCAAUCCUCUUCGUAUGUUUCAAUCCGUAUGAGGUCAUACUUUUAAUUUGCUGUUAUAACAUUCAUGUCGAGAGCUCGCAAUGCCAUUGUUGCCGCUAGCUUAGUAGCUUUUGCAGCUGCAGGCUUGGCAUUUCCCUUUUACAUGGCGUCAUCUAGAAAGCCUGUUAUUGACCCAUCAAGGCCUCUACCACCCCAGGCAACAUUUCGAGGGCCUUAUAUAAACACUGGCUCACGCGAUGUUGGACCUGACCACCAGACUUACCAGAAGAAAUGAUUCAUAUUGUUUUGGACCUUCUCUUGGUGUAAGCAAAAAAUGUGCUCAUUUAUGUGCGUUUUGUGUAUGAAUAUGUUACUCUUUCAGGACUAGACAUUCAGAUUAGAUCAUUUUGGAUUCUGGGUCAGGGAUGUCUGCACGGUUUAUAUGAGCUAAAUGAGCAGGGCAUUAGAUUUAAUAUCAUGACCCUGCAUUCUACCAGAGCAGGCAAUUUACCAAAAGCAUAAGACUUCUUUUUUAAUUGGGGCAGAUAGGUGAAAAUGUGUAUGAGAUAGACCAUCCAUUACGAAUUUUACUGCUACGAUUAGAAUACAAUAAAUUAUCUUUCA